AUGGACCGACUGUACUGGAUCACCAGCACUCACCGGAGAUAUAAGCAAUUUGUUGGAAAUCGGGUGGCAGAAAUCUUAGAAUCCACAGAGGUUUCCCAAUGGAGAUGGCUACCAUCUGCCGAAAACGUGGCAGACGACGCAACCAGGUCGCAACGCCGCGUGGACCUCAGCCAAGGUUCGCGGUGGUUAAGCGGACCACCAUUCCUAACGGAACCUGAAGAAAGUUGGCCCAAAUUUUCUGUAACCGAUGGACGCGCUCCACAGGCCGCUGAGGAAGAAGAGAUGUCAGGUGAGUUUGUAUUGGCCAUGGUAAACGCGCCCCUUCUAUCUUGGCAGAGGUUCUCGAGAUUCAACCGACUGGUAAGAACGACAGCAUGGAUCCUAAGAUUUAUUCGACGCUGUCGCGGGCAACGCUACGAGCGAGAAGAACACGGGCUUACCUCUGUCGAACUUGCUGACGCGGAGCACGCAUUGGUCCGGCUGGCGCAGAGAGAAGCGUUCGGCGAGGAAGCUCAAACAGGAACGGUCAGCAAGAGCAGCCAAUUAUCAGGACUUUCGCCGUAUUUGGAUAGAGAGGGUAUCAUGCGUGCCAAUGGAAGGAUUGACGCAGCGGCAUGCGUACCAUAUGGGGCUCGCCGUCCGAUCAUACUGUCCCAUAAAAGUGCACUGGCGGAAAUGAUCGUUGGUCACAACCAUGAGAGGAUGUGCCACCAAAACGUGGAGGCCACCAUCGGCGAGAUUCGCCAAAAGUUUUGGAUAACUAACGUGAGGAGGCUUCUACGGAAGGUGGUGGCUGACUGUAACGUAUGCAAGUUGCGGAAAGCACGACCGACACAACCGAAAAUGGGCCCAUUGCCAGAGGAUCGGCUUGAGGCAAAUGGAUGGCCAUUUAAGUUCACUGGCCAGGACUAUUUCGGACCAUUGCUUGUGUAG